UCACUGUAAUAUUCAACAUUGUUGCCGUGUGUGAACUUACAAUUAGCACUCGAGACAUUUGUUCUUGUAGGCCUACUUCUUCCAAUAAUAGUAACGGGUUCUUACAGGGGAUAAUCUAACAUAUCCGGUUGUUUAAUUUUGUUUUCGAUCAUUCCGUUGAUUUCCUCUGUAGUGCGCAGACUCCUAAACGGAAAUUGAAACUUUUGCUCAUUGUCCUCUGUAUAGUAGUAUAUAUGAUCUGUAAUCCAUAUAGGCUACAGAGAGCUGAAUAUGUAGACCCAGAAGCAAAGUGCCAAAAAAGUGGUUCUAGCUUCUUUAAUGAGUGUGCUUCUUUCCCUUUGUUAUAUCAUUGCAAAUUUGAUAUCUUGAGGUUUUAGAGGGUCCAAAACAAAAUAAGCACUUUGGAAAACAGAUUGCACUAUUUUCUGGCAACGAUUAAUUGCAUGAAACAAUAAUGUUAAUCUAAAAUAAUAAAAAUACGUUUUUAUUUGAAAACCUAGAAAGGUGGAAUUUUUGCCAACAAUUAUUUUCAAUAUUCAAUUCUGAUUAUUUUCCUGAGUAAUUGUUUAGUCUUUGAAACGUAACAAAAUUGUGAAAAUGUCUUAACAAUUUCCUAUAGCCUAAAGUGACAUCUUCAAAGAUCCUGUUUUGUCCACUGACCAAAAAUCCCUAAGCAUAAAGACAUUGAAAAGCAGCUAAUUCUCAGAUCUGAGAAGCCAUAACCAUCAAAUGUUUGCUUGAAAGAAGGACUCAAAUGAUUAAUCGAUUAUCAUAAUAGUUGCAGAUAAACUUUCUGUCAGUCAAAUAAUGGAAUAAUUGUUUCAGCUCUACUUACAAUAAAAUCACUUGAUGAAUCCCUGCUGGGAAAUAUAACGUCCUUCAUCAUCAAGAAAGAGGAUCAACACAAAUUAACUGGAGCUGAAAAAAAUCGUGGAUUGAUCAAUUAUAAUACCACACACACUGCAAAACCCCAAUAGAGCACUAUAAGACUAGACCUAUUUUUGUUGCAUUGCAACAAGUAAAUAUUAAUAUGUCUGUUCAGUGUGGUUGAACCUUUUACCAGAGAUAACAAAGGAAUUUUCUUUGUUAAGUGAUAAAUCGGUGUACUGUAUAUUUAAUGUUUCUGAUAAGGCGAGUUUGUGGUCAGGAGGCAGCAUUUGGCGAUUGUAAUUCUUCAUUCUCAAGUGUUAUUUUAUGUUACAGUAGUUUGUGUGCAGCACGUGGCUGAAGUUUCUGACCAUCAGAUGUCCUCUGAGGAAGCUUUAGAACUCAAAUGUCAACAGCUAUAUGUCAUUUAAUAUUCCUAAAACAUGGGGAUCUGUCCGUUUGGCUCCUGUGGUUGAGUUGUUCACUGUUGUGAUUCUUCAGUGCUUCCCUGAUGCUCUCUUGUCUUAGGGAUAUUAUUUCAGAGUAAAAAAAAGAUUUGUCAUCAGCGGCCUUUGACCCCAUGUCAGCUGAAAGAUGACCUGGCAGAAAAGCUUGUGUCACUUCUGUUACAAAACAUUGCAAAAGACGUGUGGUCACUACUGCUCAGCACUUUUAGACAAAAUAUUUUCAAAGAGUUGAGGGCGUUUUCACUCCUUAUACAAAGCCCUAUAGUCUGUUGUGUAUAUUCAAGUCAAAGCUGACUGCACAUGCUGAUGUGUUCCCAGACUGCUGUACUGCUCUACCAUCUGCCAACAGAAACAGUCUGUAAAUGGUUAACCCUCCCUCUCUCUGCCUCUGUUGUUUUCUGUUCCGUUAACAAACAGCCUUGAGGCCAAAAUCAAUUAGCUAAAAUGACUUUGUCUUUAAUUUUAGUGUCUCAAGUACACAUGUCAUGUGAUGAAUUUUUGAAGUCAUUCAACAAUAAAUCAAAGACUUGCGUACGCAUUUUCAUCAAUGAAGCCCCCAGUAAUCUGCAUCUUCUUCUUCUCACUUCCAAACAGCCGUUUGAGAAAUAAACUUGACAAAACCAAACAGUACUACCACCUCUAGUGUUAACGGUCAGGACCUUGGUCAAACAGUGAUUUUGCAACUUUGUUGAAAUCAAUCAACUGGUCAAAACUGGUGUAGCAGUGUUCUCAGAGUGUUCCUGCAGGCUUGAGCAAUGCUUUAUAUAGUGGCCAAGCUCUGUGCAUUGUGUUUAAACAGUAAUUAACUGUUAACCCUCUUAAAGCCUGAUCGGGAGAGUAGGACAGGCUGAUAUAAGCACAAUGGCCCUUUAUGGAAAACUGAGUAGCUCUACUGUAUUAAUGACUAUCGCUUCCCUUCUUAGUCCUUCCUUGAACUGAUCUCUCCCACUUAUAUCUUCCUUCAGGUAAAUCUAGCGUAAUUCCUAUUCUUCCUUCAUUCUGUUCUUCUUUCUUUCUUUGUUUUUCUCUCCUGUAUGUUGCCCUCAAAAUCUGUUUCUCUCUGCAUUGCUCUCCCCCCCCUUUCUGUCUCACACUUUUGGUCAUAUGACAAGCAAAAAAUGGCUGGCUAGCUGUAGUGUGAGAGGUGAGGGAGCUCGAGGCUGAACAGAUUUGAUUGCGCAAAACUGAAAUUAACUCCAAACUGUCAGGUGCUGAUAAGCAUCACAACAGACGCGGUUUAAAAGAAAUCCCUGCCAGGAUACAUCUGAUUGUGCAGUUACACACAUUUGCCAAACACUUCCUCUUCUCCUGUGGAACACUUAAUUGCAGAGGACUCUGAAAUGUCAGAAUGGAUUACUUUCAAAACCCUGAAAUCUGUAAAAUCUGGACCAGCAGCAAUUUAAUGGCCGUGGUUUAACUCGUGCUUUGGGAACUGUGUUAACCUGAUUCAAUCACAAUCAAUCAUGUUGGAGCCUGGAUCUGUGCAUGAGGCACCAGUCUAUAAAAUGCAUUGCCCUAUGAGGAAGAAACGUCCCACACGUGACUCUGAUUUCUCAGCUAUUGCGGUUCCCUCGAUGCAUGGGUCUGGGUAUCUUGACUACACGGUCGAGACCCACACUUCCAGAUGCUUCAAGGUCAUGGAGGAAUUCAGACGGCAGGAGAUGUUGUGUGACCUGGUGCUACAUGUCACAUACAAGGACAGGACAGUGGACUUCAAGGUCCACAAGGUGGUACUGGCCUCCUGUAGCCCCUACUUCAGAGCCAUGUUCACCAGCAGCUUCAAGGAGUGUAGCGCCUCGGAGGUCACCCUGCCCGAUGUCUGCCCCCAGGUGGUGGGAAGACUUAUUGACUUUGCCUACACCUCCCACAUCACAGUGGGAGAGAAGUGUGUGUUGCACGUUCUUUUGGCUGCUAUGAGGUAUCAGAUGGAGGACGUGGCCAAGGCAUGCUGUGAUUUCCUCACUAAGCACCUGGAGCCUGCUAAUGUCAUCGGCAUCGCUCGCUUUGCUGAGGAGAUUGGCUGCUCAGAGCUGCACAAGCGGAGUCGAGAGUAUAUCAAUACGCACUUCAAUGAGGUGACAAAAGAAGAUGAGUUCUUCAGCCUCUCUCACUGCCAGCUGCUUGAGCUCAUCAGUCAGGACAGUCUCAAGGUGCUCUGUGAGUCUGAGGUGUAUAAAGCCUGUACAGACUGGGUCCGCUGGGAUAUGGAGGGUAGAGCCCAGUACCUACAUGCCCUCCUGAAUGCGGUUCAUAUAUACGCCCUGCCUCCCAAGUUCCUAAAGAACCAGCUCCUGUCCUGCCCCAUCCUCAGCAAGGCCAAUUCCUGUAAGGACUUCCUGUCAAAAAUCUUCCAGGAUAUGACACUGAGAAAGCUGCCUCCUGCACCUAACCGUGGAACUCAACUUAUCUAUGUGGCCGGCGGAUACCAGCAGCAUUCACUGGCCUCCAUGGAGGCGUAUGAUCCCAGGAACAAUGACUGGCUAAAACUGGCUGAUAUGGGGUCUCCAUGCAGUGGUCUGGGAGCCUGCACGUUGUUUGGACUGCUCUACACUGUUGGAGGCAGGAACCUGUCGCUUCAAAACAACACAGAGUCCAGCGCCCUGUGCUGCUACAACCCGAUGACCAACCAGUGGAGCCAGCGAGCUUCCCUCAACAUCCCCAGGAACCGGGUCGGGGUGGGCGUGGUGGACGGAUGCAUCUAUGCUGUCGGAGGUUCCCAGGACUCCACUCAUCACAACACAGUGGAGAAGUGGGAUCCAGAGUCUAAUCGCUGGUCCUUUGUUUGCCCAAUGUCUGUGGCUCGCCUGGGUGCUGGAGUGGCGGCAUGUGGGGGGGCUCUGUAUGUGGUUGGGGGGUAUGAUGGGCAGAACCGCUGGAAUACUGCUGAGAAAUACCAGCCUGACACUAACACCUGGCACCAGCUGGCACCCAUGAACACUAUACGUAGUGGAUUGGGAUUGGUGUGUGUGAACUCUUACUUGUACGCAAUAGGAGGGUAUGACGGGCGGAACCAGCUGUGUUCUGUGGAGCGCUACAAUAUAGCCAGGAACCUGUGGGAGCCCAGGGCCUCCAUGCAGUACUGUCGCAGUGCACACGGAGUGACAGUCCACCAGGGAUGCAUCUUUGUCCUCGGAGGUUUUAACCAGAACGGCUUCCUGUCCAGUGUAGAGUGUUACUAUCCAGAAAGAAAUGAAUGGACGUGCGUCACUAACAUGCCUGUCGGACGCAGCGGCAUGGGCGUCGCUGUGACGAUGGAACCCUGUCCCGGCAGCCUGACAGAAGAAGAAGAGGAUGAGGACGGAGCCACAUAAGAUGAGGGUGAAAUCUGUUGAAGUCUCAAGUGUUGAACACGGUUGUAAGUGGUGUUUGUUUUCAAAGCGGGGGUGCGUUAAAAAAAAAAAAGAUUCCAGGAAUUAAACUCUCCUUAUAAACCCACCCUCAUGGAUUUCAUUUGUAUUGCACCAUGGUGAACUGCUGAUACAGUUUGUAUUGUUAAAAAAGAAUGAUCUUUUAGGGAAACAAGAUACAGACAAACUUGUAGCAUGACAAUGAUCUCGCAAUGAACAAGGUGCUACAGAUCUAAUCUCAAAUAAUGGUACUAUUUAAUUAAAUAAUGUUAUACCACAGCACUUUUUAAUCUGUGUUAAAUUUUACGUCAACUAUGAAUGGCCUUCAGUGUUCUAAUGUCUAAGUUUUCUUUGUGUUUUAUCUCUACCUCUGAAUGUGUCUGUCUGAGCACUUUUCUUAUGUUUUCUUUAUUUUGCACCAAUAUAGGUUGACCAAAACUGCCAAUUAUUUUUUUUUGAUUUUAUUGAUUUUGUUUGUGCAUUCACCCUAUUUUAUCUUGUGUUUCUGGAAAUAAAGUUAAUCAGACGUA